AUGCCGGCAGCUGCUGGCGACGGGCUUUUGAGCGAGCCCACAGCGGCGAGCUUCAGCGACGACGAACCCACAUCGCCUCCCCUCAGUCCGGAGGGGACUUUCCUGGCCGCCUGGGUGAACGCUUCGGCCUCCCGGGAGCGCAUCCGAGAUUUUCAGCACACCAAACGGGUCGGCAACUUCCUUAUCGGCCGGAAAUUGGGAGAAGGCUCCUUCGCCAAAGUGCGGGAAGGGUUGCAUGUUGUGACCGGAGAAAAGGUGGCAGUGAAAGUUAUUGAUAAAAAAAGAGCAAAAAAGGACACCUAUGUGACCAAGAAUCUGAGACGGGAAGGCCAGAUCCAGCAAAUGAUUCGUCAUCCUAACAUUGCUCAACUGCUGGAUAUCUUGGAAACUGAAAAUAGUUACUACCUUGUCAUGGAACUAUGCCCAGGAGGCAACUUAAUGCACAAAAUCUAUGAGAAAAAAAGGUUGGAAGAACAUGAAGCGCGCAAAUACAUCAGGCAGCUUAUAUUAGCAGUUGAGCAUCUACAUCGGGCAGGGGUUGUUCACAGAGAUCUGAAGAUAGAAAAUCUUUUGCUAGAUGAAGACAACAAUAUCAAGCUUAUUGACUUUGGCUUGAGCAAUUGUGCAAGUAUCCUGGGCUACACUGAUCCAUUUAGCACCCAAUGCGGCAGUCCUGCUUAUGCAGCACCAGAGCUUCUUGCAAGGAAGAAAUAUGGUCCCAAAAUAGAUGUUUGGUCCAUUGGUGUAAAUAUGUAUGCAAUGUUGACUGGGACACUGCCAUUUACUGUUGAGCCAUUCAGUCUGAGAGCUUUGUACCAGAAGAUGAUUGACAAAGAAAUGAAUCCAUACCCAACUCAGCUUUCCACAGCAGCUGUAAACUUCUUAAAAAUUCUGCUAGAACCAGAUCCUGCAAAGAGACCAAACAUCCAACAAGCAUUAGCAAAUCGUUGGCUUAGUGAGAAUGGGAGACCACUGAAUAAUGUCACGUAUCCAAACAGAAUUCAUCUACAAGACAUAAGUCAAAGCGUGCUGCUGUACAUGACAGAAAAGCUUGGCUAUAAGAAUAGUGAUGUGAUCAACACUAUCCUUUCAAACAGAGCUUGCCACAUGCUCGCCAUCUACAUCCUUCUUAAUAAGAAGCUAGAACGCUAUACGGCAGGUAAAACUGAAGCUUCUGAUAAUAUGUGCACUAACCAAUUGUGUCGGUUAGAAAAAUACAAAUCAAAUAAGGAUUCCUAUGAGAUUCUGAAGUGCCUCUGGCAAACCAAUUUUAUGUGUGCUUUAAUUUUGAAGGACAAAAAAAACAAGGAACAAGACGCAAAGGAUGACCUUUCUCAUCCAUUCCUGAAGAAAUCUGAUAAAAGUCCACCAACAUACAAAGAGCCUUCCUCCUGCCUUACAACACAGAUGAAGUCUCUGUUAAGUGAUCGAAGAGCAAGUCAUGGAGGACUGCCUGAAAAAGAUUCUCCUAGUAAUUUGAAUCCUUUCCAUGAAGCAGCAACAGGCAAGAUGGGCUGUGUCACCUCCUACUCUCUGGAAUACCUUGAAAUUCAGCAACCAGUUCCAAGAACCCCAAGACUCGGGAAACGACAAGAUUCACCUCAACAAGAGCCUUCAAGUCCUGGCAGUCAGAAUUUGGAUUCUCCUUUGAUUCUGAACAUUGUGCAUUCUUUUGAAACUGGCGAUCGAGAGGAUCAGAUAGACCAAGUCUCUCCAUCUCAUCAGUAUCAAAUGCUUAGCUCACCUGUAAAUUUUGGUCGAAGAAGUUCCAGUGAAAGAACAUUGUCUCCCCUCUUCCAGCCUGGGGGCACUUCUCCCAGUCCCACUAAAAGUCCAGGGAACCCCACUCAACUUUCAUUUACCUAUGACGAAAAAAGCAGCUCUUUCAAAGAGGAAGCUGUCUCUCCAACACAGCUGAAUGUCUCCAAUCCUUUGGGGAGCCCUAAUUGUGUGAAAAGUAGAGGCCGAUUCCCUAUGAUGGGCAUUGGACAGAUGAUGAGGAAAAGGAAUCAGUCAGUGGGAUCUCCCACAGAAAAGUCUCUGGAAGCAAGAAUGCCUCAGUUGCAACAAAUGAGCCCCACGCAAAUUUCAUUCAGUAUCACAGAUCCUAUAAAUGGCCAGUGCUGA